AGUUUUUGUCCAUCAGCUGAUUAUGUGAGAAGCAAGAGAGAUCAGAAAUUAAAGAUGGAAGACAUUACUUCAACUGCUACUACUUCUCCAAUCCCUAUGUCCUCCAGACCAUCACAAUUAUUAAUGGAUUCGAAGGUUGAGGUGGUCUCGGCGCCUCCGAUGCAAACGCAGUACAAUUCACCAUCCCUGUCAAGAAAACCGCUGCUGAAUCCAAUAGAAACCCCCAACGCUUUAGCUGUCAAUAACGCAACCCCAAAUCCUUCUCACCACACUCCCAAUUUCUUCACCCCCAUAGGAAGCCCCCUUAGAAGGGCAAUCCAACUCACCAGGCUUGAUCCUCAGGAUGCUUGGCUUCCAAUCACCGAGUCAAGGAAUGGCAAUGCCUACUAUGCUGCCUUCCAUACCCUCUGUUCUGGAAUUGGAAUUCAAGCCCUUGUUCUGCCCGUAUCCUUCACCGUUCUUGGAUGGAGAUGGGGAAUCAUCUGCUUGACAAUUGCAUUCAUAUGGCAGCUUUACACCUUAUGGCUAUUGAUCUAUCUUCAUGAGUCUACCGAAACAGGGAUGCGUUACAGCAGAUAUCUCCAACUCUUCAGCGCCACUUUUGGAGAGAAAAUGGGAAAACUGUUUGCUGUAUUUCCAAUCUUCUACCUAUCAGGGGGCAAUUGCGUGGCUCUUAUAAUAGUUGGGGGUUCAAGCAUGAAGCUUUUCUUUGAAAUAUUGUGUGGACACGGCUGCACUGCGAAGCCUCUAACAACCGUGGAAUGGUAUUUGGUGUUCACAUGUGCUGCGGUGGUGCUAUCUCAGAUGCCCAACUUGAACUCUAUAGCUGGAGUUUCUUUGAUUGGUGCCAUCACAGCCAUUGGCUAUAGCACCAUUAUGUGGUUAGUCGCCGUCACUGAGGGAAGACUUGAUGGUGUUUCGUAUGAUCCCAUCAGAGAAGACAACAAUACUGCUAUGAUUUUUAGCUUUUUUAAUGCUAUUGGAAUUAUUGCUUUUGCUUUCAGGGGUCAUAACCUUAUUCUUGAAAUUCAGGCAACCAUGCCUUCAAAUGAGAAGAAACUAUCGCGGGUGCCAAUGUGGAGAGGGACAAAAGUUGCGUACCUAAUUAUUGCCUCCUGCUUAUUUCCUCUUGCAAUUGGAGGAUAUUGGGCGUACGGACACAAGAUACCAGCCGACGGUGGGAUGCUGACGGCGAUUUAUCAAUACCAUGGGAAGGACACUUCGCAGUUUGUUCUUGCAUUGACGAGCUUGUUCGUCAUCAUCAACGCCGUUAGUUCCUUCCAAAUCUAUGGCAUGCCAAUGUUCGAUGACAUAGAGUCCAAAUACACCAAAAGAAAGAACAAGCCAAUGCCAUGGUGGCUCCGAGCAGCGUCUAGAGCCCUGUUCGGAUUCAGUUGCUUCUUUUUUGGAGUGGCAAUCCCAUUCCUGGGUAGCAUAGCAGGAUUAGUGGGAGGAAUUGCCAUACCAAUCACAUUUGCAUAUCCUUGUUUUAUGUGGUUAAAGAUCAAGAAGCCAAAGAAAUAUAGCAUCAUGUGGUAUUUAAAUUGGGUGCUAGGGGUUUGGGGCAUGGUUUUGAGUGUGAUACUUAUAGCGUCUGGGAUUUAUAUUAUAAUUGACACUGGAAUUCAAGUUAGCUUUUUUAAGCCUAGCUAGUUUAGGAUAUGGCAGACCACAGGGAGGCCCCUUAUUGGAUUAUGUAUUAAAGCUGCAGACACAUAUUUUUAUGCAUAUAUAUAUAUAUAUAUAUUUCUGAUCA